CUGCUCAGUUUGAAUCAGACUUCAGAGAUAUUCUGAGUGCUCAAAGCGAUACGAGUGCGUGAUCUUACGCUGUGUUUACUACAAGUGUUUCGAUUUUGUGAUUGUAUUGAUAUUAGUGAGUGAAUAUGCCAGGAAAAAUGCCAGCCAUUGGAAUCGACUUGGGAACGACCUACUCUUGUGUUGGAGUAUGGCAGCAGGGGAAAGUGGAGAUAAUUGCCAACGACCAAGGGAACAGGACGACACCCAGCUAUGUUGCCUUCACCGACACAGAGCGACUCAUCGGGGACGCCGCCAAGAACCAGGUAGCCAUGAACCCACAGAAUACAGUUUUUGAUGCCAAAAGAUUAAUUGGAAGGAAAUUUGAUGAUCCGAAAAUUCAAGCAGACAUGAAACAUUGGCCCUUUAAAGUAAUAAGCGAUUGUGGAAAACCGAAAAUUCAAGUAGAAUUUAAGGGAGAAAAUAAGAGAUUUGCACCUGAAGAAAUCAGCUCAAUGGUACUAACGAAAAUGAAGGAGACGGCAGAGGCCUAUCUUGGUGGCCCUGUGAAGGAUGCUGUCAUUACUGUACCCGCAUAUUUCAACGAUUCACAAAGGCAAGCUACCAAAGAUGCUGGGGCAAUUGCAGGCCUUAAUGUUCUUAGGAUUAUUAAUGAGCCUACAGCAGCUGCCCUUGCUUAUGGACUUGAUAAAAAUCUCAAAGGUGAAAGGAACGUUUUAAUUUUCGAUCUUGGAGGUGGAACCUUUGAUGUAUCCAUUUUGACCAUCGACGAAGGCUCUCUGUUUGAAGUUAAGGCGACUGCUGGUGAUACUCAUUUAGGAGGUGAAGAUUUUGACAACCGUCUUGUUAACCACUUGGCAGAUGAGUUCAAGAGGAAGUUCCGCAAAGAUCUGCGAUCUAACCCGAGAGCUCUCCGUAGACUAAGAACUGCGGCUGAGCGAGCCAAGCGAACCCUCUCAUCUAGCACUGAGGCCAGUAUUGAGAUUGACGCUCUCUACGAGGGAAUUGACUUCUACACCAAAGUUUCCAGGGCUAGGUUUGAAGAACUCUGCUCAGAUCUGUUCCGCAACACUCUUCAGCCAGUAGAGAAAGCUCUGAAUGAUGCCAAGAUGGACAAAUCUUCUAUACAUGAUGUGGUCCUGGUGGGAGGUUCAACAAGAAUACCUAAAAUCCAAAGUCUUCUACAGAAUUUCUUUUCGGGUAAACAACUCAAUUUGUCUAUCAACCCAGAUGAAGCUGUGGCCUACGGUGCGGCUGUCCAGGCUGCCAUUUUGUCGGGAGAUCAGAGCUCAGCUAUUCAGGAUGUUCUGCUUGUCGAUGUCACUCCACUCUCCCUGGGUAUUGAGACGGCAGGAGGAGUCAUGACAAAAAUCAUCGAGAGGAACUCAAGAAUCCCUUGCAAGCAGACCCAGACCUUCAGCACUUACGCAGACAACCAGCCAGCUGUCACCAUUCAGGUGUUUGAAGGUGAGCGAGCCAUGACCAAAGAUAACAACCUCUUGGGUACCUUCGACUUGACAGGAAUUCCUCCAGCACCUCGUGGCGUACCAAAAAUCGAUGUCACCUUUGAUCUUGACGCAAAUGGUAUUCUUAAUGUCUCUGCCAAAGACAACAGUUCUGGCAAAUCCAAGAACAUCACCAUCCAGAACAACAAAGGUCGACUGUCGAAGGAGGAGAUUGACCGGAUGGUGAACGAGGCGGAGAAGUACAAGGAGGAGGACGACAAACAACGGGAGAAGAUUGCUGCAAGAAACCAGCUGGAGGGAUAUACCUUCAAUGUGAAGCAGGCCUUGGAUGAGGCAGGAGAGAGGUUGAGCGAGGAAGACAAGACAACAGUGAGACGAGAGUGUGAAGAAACUCUGCAGUGGCUUGACAACAACAGUCUUGCGGAGAAGGAUGAGUAUGAACAUCGCCUGCGGGAACUACAGCGACAGUGUUCUCCUAUAAUGGCCAAACUCCAUGGAGCAGGACAACCCCAGCCUCAAGGACAUCAGAGCAAAACCAGUAAUGGACCCACCAUCGAAGAGGUUGAUUAAGUUAAUGUCAUAUCAAUUUAGAUUUGUAGUUCCUGAUCAAAUUAAAAGUCAUUGUGAUCUUUGUUUUUAAGUAUUGUACAUAAUGUUGUAAAUAAUAUUUAUUUUGUAAAUAUUUUUUGUUUAGUCAAUAAAUUUGAGUAUUUUAUUUUUAA